AUGGUUCAUCCUCCUCCUCAUAAGAAAGCUACACCUUCUGUGUCAAAACAUGUCAAGACUUAUGGUAAGUCUUCUGAACCUAUCAUCCCCAAUAAAGAUAAAAAUACUAUUGAAGAAGAAUCUAGGUCUAAAUGGUCUGAAAAAAGAAACCCUAGUAUGCAUGCUGACGACACCGAAAAUCCCACGGAUGCAGAAAGAAGUGAAACUGGUAAGGAACUUAGGAAGUUUAUUGCAUCUGUUUUGAGGGAAGUAAACACAUAUGUUUUUCCAGAUGUUCAGACAUCUUUGACAAAAGAACCAAGCCCUGACAAUGACUCUAGUGAAAAAGAUGAGGAAAGCAUUCCUGAACAUGCUGCUCGUGAGAGAAGAAAUUCUCCCUCUAGGGAAGUGAAGAGAAAAGUUGGUGGUUUGAAAGGUACUCCUUCUAGAAGCUCCACUGGAAAAUCUCUUGGUGGACCUACUAGAUCAUGGAUUAAAGUUGUUACCCCUACUAGAAAGAGGAAAGUCGUCUCUUCUAGUGAAUCCGAGUUUGAUGUUGAAAAGGAUGUCCAGGACAUCACCCUUAUAAAAAUAUUUGCUAACAAGAAGCCUAAUGAUGCUAUGCCCAAAGUUCCACUAGAUAAUGCUUAUUCACAUUAUGUGGAGAAUGUAGAAAGGUGGAAGUAUGUCAUUCAGAGGAGCGUAGCCCUGGAAAGGGAAUUGGGGAAGGAUGCCCUUAAGUUUAAGGAAGUCAUGGAACUGAUAGAAGUUGUUGGGCUGAUAAAGACUGUCACACACGUUGGACCUUGCUAUGAAAGCUUAGUAAAGGAGUUUGUGGUGACUAUCCAUGAUGGAUGUGAUGAUACGAAGAGUGCUGACUAUGGUAAGGUUUAUGUGAGAGGAAACUUUGUAACAUUCUCCCCAACUGUGAUACAUAAAUAUCUAGGAAAAAUAGAUGUACCUCGGGAUGAGCUGGAAGCUACUGAUGAUCAGGUGUCCAAAGAGAUCACGACCAAGCAGGCACUUGGCCCUGCCACCUCCAAAAAGAGUGUCAUUGCUCAGCUGAAGGAAACUUGUAAAGAGCUGAAGGAUUCCAUCAGAUCUAGCACUGUAACAAAGAUUAAACUGGAAACAUUGAUGAAGGCCAUGAUGAAAGAGAAGAAAAAGGAAGUUGUACAGGGUGGUGAUAGUAAUGAAGUAACUGAUGAUGAAUUCUAUGUUGGUGAAGAUGAUGUUGAUGAAGAGAAAGAAGAUGAAAGAGAAUAA